AUGGAUCCAUCUCGAUAUCGCCAGGCAUAUGCGGCGAUGCUGCAUACAACACAGCUAAUAGAAGAGCGUUUGAAUCAGGAUUCUGAAAGCAAGGAGGAAAAUGCAGGCCAAGAAGUCAUACCCAAAGCGGCUUUCCAAGAGCAAGACCCUGAUGGUAUGGACUGGGAACCUACAGAAUCGAAGACUCCCCCAGUCGAAUGUGGACCACCUAAGCCUUUGUCCGAAAAGAUGCGCCAGUUUCUGCCCGGUGCAGGAGAGGGAGACUUGCGGGCUGAAGAUCGUGGCGAGAACGCUGUACUUCUGCAUAAGCUCAAGGAAGGUGUUAUCGUGGAUGCUUGUAUAGACAAGCUAGUUCGAGACUUACCCGACGUCAUGAGCCAUGAUGACGUGUUGUCUUUUACACCUUCAACUAUUGAGGUCCCCAAGGAUUUCGGUCUUCAGCUCAGCAUUUCGAUCAACCAUCAUCUAGCUCAAGUGGCAGAUCAGCUUAUCAAGAAGCAAGCAGUUACAUUUUCAGAAACCAUUCAAGAUCCAGUGUGCACGCUCGACAACGAGAUUCACAAUAUCUUCCGCGUUGACAACUGGCAUGGCUGUUCCGAUGCGAUAUACGAAGUGCUGAAACCUGCAUUGCGGCUGGCUACUCAAUUCAUGACGUCCCGCGCAACCGCGCACUUCUGGCAGACACUAGUGUUCGGUAAGCGCGAGGCAUGCGAAGACACCUCGAAGCUGUAUGGACAGCCAUGUUUCCGGAUUCGAGAAACUGUUACCUGGGCAGAAGAACGUCAAGAGACCUUCAAAAACUUUCUGGAGAAUCAAAUCGACACAGUACACUUCUACUUCCACCACGACCCUCUGCCACCGGAAACUGCAUACGCAUCGAUGGGCUUAGUCAAGGACUACAAGAAUGGGUUGAUGCGGAAACUUAAUGAGAAAUGCCACACAAGUCGCAUUUGCCUGCACUCCGAUUUCUACACGACUGCGAAGAAACUGAGCUUAUUGCAAUAUCCGGAGCCUGCGAUGGUCUUGCGCUUCAACUUCUUUCUCGCCAUUUGUCUUGCGCAUGAGAUCUCUCAUUUCUGCGAGGUAUCUGGGCCGCAUCACGACCAUCCGUUGCUGUCAGAGCCAGAGGUAUUCUUCGGGGAUAACAUGUGGACUGAGAGCGGCAUUGCUUUUGAGUUGAAAGUGUUCGGUGGGCGCAUCCAUCCACUCUCCAGCCGUAUCGACUGCAGCUUUGGGCUGGCCUGUCUCGAUUAUCCAUUGAAGGAGCUUUACGACAAGGAUGAUAACAUCCUGUAUGCUCUGCCCAUGGACUAUAUCCUGAAGCUCCAGCAAAAGGCGACUUGGGAGCAGGACUUUAGCGGAUGUGGGACGGACGUCUUCUUCGUACCACGCACAGGUGGGCGGUCAUACGAAAUCAACGGUACGAAUCUCAUGAUUUGGGAAGACGAGAGUGAUGCCGACAUUUCCGACCACGUCGAUGGGCAAGACACCGAGUGGCAACGCAUGGACGAUGGAUCGAUUGCGAAGAAUCCAAACUCCGGUAACCGCAGGCCGCAGCGACAGCAUGCAGCUCAUCGCUGGGGUCCAUACAACCACAAGCGGAAGAACACGGGUGAAGCAGAGUCUAUCGUUGCCAAAGCAGAGGUGGAGAACGUUGACGAGGUUGUCAAAACUGCAGCGGGAGAACAAAAGCAGCCGGUACAGGCAGAGGCGGUGGAGCUUGCAGAGGAAAUCAAGGUGGCGGUGCCGGAUCAGGAUAUGAGAUCGCCCGCCUCUAUGAUCCUAUGGAAAGACGAAUGCUCAAGGCCAAUUCCUAUCGACAAGCUCGUCAUUUAUAACGAAGCAAAAAAGGUCUCCCAGCUACAAAUGAAGGUCACGAAGUACCCAAGCCCAGUGGUUGACCCGGCCAGUCUGGUCGUCCAUAUCGAUGGGGCGUGUCGUGGCAACGGCACCUCCUCUGCAAAGGCGUCUUACGGCGUAUACUUCGGCCCCGAAUCCUCACAUAAUACCAAGGGGAUAUUGCCACAAAGUCUGCCGCAAACCAGCACCAGGGCAGAAAUUGAAGCUCUUCGACAAGCCCUCGAUGUUAUCUGCCGGGUUACCGACCAGGAUUUUACGCUGACAUACAUCAAGAUCGCCACAGACUCUAGCUUCUUGGUCAACGCGAUGAGUAGAUGGAUGGACCAGUGGAUCGAGAACGAUGAUGUUGGCUCUAAUGGACAGAGGGUGGCGCACUUUGAAGUCUUGAAGGAGUUGCACGAUAAGUUGGACUACAUGGAAUAUAGUGAUGAGGGGGGCAGGCAUGUGCAGUUCUGGUUAAUCCCACGAGACCUGAACGGCGAGGCGGAUCCCUUCCCGACCAAAGCAAUCAUGGCGGACGCUCUCAAGGAUGUGCCGUUCAAGACGGUCCAAGUUGACGCUCUCGUCGCGAUCAAGAUUGCUACUGCGAGUGGUAAAGCGUUCCCUUCGCUUGCCACUGGUAGCCUGGUCGGCAUGGAGAAGAAUGGCGUCCUCGAAAUCACAAACUCGUUCCCCUACCCCGAGAUCAACACCGCGUCAGCCGAUGGUCAGAACGACACUGCUGCAAACCUCUCUGCAGCGGCCCCGCGCGCCAAGCAGAACAUCGCAUAUGGCAACGAGAUGAUCAAGUUCCUCCGGGAAGUGAACGUGGACGCGAACAACGUCGGCUGGUACACAAGCACAAGCAUGGGCAACUUUGUCAACCUCAACACCAUUGAGAACCAGUUCUACUACCAGAGCCAGCUCAACGAGAGGACCGUUGCGUUGAUCUACGAUGUCAGCCGGAGUUCGCAGGGCACCCUGAACCUGCGCGCAUACCGCUUGUCUCCUUCGUUUGUCACAGCGUAUAAGGAGGGCAAGUUCACAACUGAGAGCCUCCAGAAGAGCAGCCUCAGGUACCAGGACAUCUUGGUUGAGCUCCCCGUUACUGUCCACAACUCACAUCUCCUCACCUCCCUCCUCCACCAGCUGCCUUCGGAAGCGCCCAAGGAGGAGCUUUCUUUCCCACCCAACCUAGCGGCCCUGCAACAGGAUCCCAACACCCCGCUGCCUCCCCUCUUCCCCAACUACGACGCGCUCGACCUGUCAAUCGACCCCUUCCUCGAGAAGACGUGCGACCUGCUCCUCGAGAGCAUUGAGAACCACCACACGGAGCUCAACAACUACCAGUACUACCAGCGACAGCUUGCCCGUGAGCAGACCAAGAUUACCGCAUGGCAACAGAAGCGCAAGGCAGAGAACGCGGCGCGCACAGCCUCGAAGCAGCCACUUCUACCGGAGGACGAGUGGCAGAGGCUGUUCAAGUUGCCAGCUGAGCCUAGCCGGUUGGAGACGCUGCUCAACUCCAGGCAAGUGGAGCAGUACUCGAGGCAGGUUGACGGUUUCGCUGCUGGCGUCACCUCCAAGAUGUUUGCGGUGAAGAGCAACCUGCUUCCCGGCGAGUAA